GCGGAACUACCAGGAGGAGCUUCGGCCGUGUCCGUCCAUCAUCCCGGAACCGCCGACCAACAACCGGCAACAAACGAAAGGCGGACGUCACUCGCAAUCCCGCCAUCUCCGACUCGGCCUGGACGAAACAUCACCGACUGAACGGUAGACACGCUUGACGACGAAGCGCCGACCCGAUAUCCUGGUAGCGGCCAGAGAGAUAGAUCAGCCCAGCCCUCGGGCUGUCUGCCUCUCCCGACCCUCCACCAGAGGCAGCCUUGCCCGGCUCGACAACCUUUCUCCUGCCCAGAGCAUAGUCUCCCCAACAGUCAAGAUGGAUGUUGCUAUGAAAUCAUGGGAGCUCGACAAUAACGUCAAGCUAGUCGACCCCGCGCGCGAUGCCCUCUACAACUACGACGCCGACGCCCACAAGGAGCUCGCGGCCAGGAAGCCUUGGAACAAAGACCCCAACUACUUCAAGACGGUGCGCAUCAGCGCCGUGGCGCUGAUAAAGAUGGUGAUGCACGCGCGCUCGGGCGGCUCGCUCGAGGUCAUGGGCGUGAUGCAGGGCUACGUCGACGGCACGACCUUUGUCAUCACUGACGCCUUCCGGCUCCCCGUCGAAGGGACCGAGACGCGCGUAAACGCGCAGGAGGAGGCCAACGAGUACCUGAUCGAGUACCUGCGCCUGUCGCGCGACCAAGGGCGCAUGGAGAACGUGGUGGGCUGGUACCACAGCCACCCGGGCUACGGCUGCUGGCUGUCGGGCAUCGACGUGGGCACCCAGCACAUGCAGCAGCAGUUCAACGAGCCCUUCGUCGCCGUCGUCAUCGACCCGGACCGCACCAUCAGCGCCGGCAAGGUCGAGAUCGGCGCCUUCCGCACCUACCCAGACGGCUACAAGGCCGCCCCCGAGGAUGUCGCCGCCGCCGACGGCUACCAGACGGUGCCCCUGGCCAAGGCCGAGGACUUUGGCGCCCACGCGAGCCGCUACUACUCGCUCGGCACCGAGCACUUCAAGAGCACGCUCGACGCGCACCUGCUGGAGCUGCUGUGGAACAAGUACUGGGUCCAGACCUUGUCCCAGAGCCCGCUGCUCACGAACCGCGACUACGGGAACAAGCAGAUGCUGGACCUGGGCAGCAAGAUCAAGGAGGCUGUCGGCCUGAUGCAGCGCGCCGGCGGCGGCGGUGGUGGUGGUGGCGGCGGUGGUGGUGGUGGCGGCGGCGGCGGCGGACGCGCCGGGCCCUCCUCCCUCACCUACCCGGCCUUGUCGGGCCCGGGCCGGGCGCUCGAGCAGACGGUGGAGAAGCUGGCGCAGGACAGCAAGCAGGUCUCGGCCAGGGAGAAGUCGGCCCUCAUGGCGGGCGAGAUCAAGGCCAUGGUCUUUAACCCGCGCGCGGACCCGCCCCCUGCUGCGGCAUGAGGAUUAGAUGCUGCUGCUGCUGCAGUUGCGUGGGCUUUUGAUUGCUCGUAAUUGCGAGUUGGGAUCGUCGCAUCGACGGCGUCGAGAGCACUUUCUCUUCUCGUUCGACCCAAGACACACACAUCUACGCACCGCUAAGGGGACAAGAGGAACCGCGUGUUCUCGCCCCGUCGGUCUGAAUGAGGUUACGCAGGGCUGAGCAAGCCGAGAUGGGGGGACUGAAUCCUAUCGGGAGCGGCCCAAUGAGAGGCUGUAUCCGCCGGGCGGCAGUAGAGUAAUGAUACAAUAUUACAAACAUAGAAUAAAAAACCGUCAGGGAGAAAAUACCACCCAGAAAGAUCCAGACCAGGC